CUUUCCUAGCAGUUCAAGUGGGAGAGUUUGAAGGAGAAAGGCAACAGAAACAAGGUCAGGAAAAAGUGACAUUUUCGUCUAUCUUCCUAAUAUUUUUGGCAUUUAUCCACUCUUUUUGGAACUCUUCUAUGGCAUGUAUGAGGAACUUCUGCAGUCUUCUCAUUUUAAGGGGAACUACAUUGACAAGACCUUGAAAUUGGCAGAUGAAACUUUUUUUUUUAAUACCAAUGGUAAUUUACUGAGCAUAAAUAUGGUGAACAUCAUGAAUACUAUCAAUACAUAGUCAAAGAGGCAAACGCAACUAAAAAUCUGAUCCCACACACAGUGUGGCAGGAAAGCACUGAAGGAGAUUGGUAAUUAAAGGGCAUCUAAAAAAAGAGCUGGGCAGAGGGCGAGGUUGUGGAGUCAUAUGUGGAGGCAGAGUAACUCUGAGUCUAAGAAGAGCUGUUUAAAUCCAUACAGACUGCACCAGGAGGAUCUGCUCAUGGAUCCCUAUGGAGGCCACUACCUGAACCGAGAGGCAGUGCUGUCUGUGCUGGGUAUGGCUCGCAUGUGCCAGCUGAUAUUGGGCUGCACCACCAUGGCUUUGGUGACUCACAGCGCAGGCUACAGUGCCACCUAUGGCACCUUCUGCAUGUUUGUGUGGUGCUUCUGUUUCGCCAUGACAUUGAUGAUCUUCGUGCUUGAUGUGGUUCGCCUGCAUGGCUGCGUGCCCAUCUCCUGGGACAAUUUCACUGUGGCCUUUGCCAUGCUCGCCACAUUAAUGUACAUUACAGCUUCCGUUGUGUACCCUGUGUACUUCCUCAGCAGUGACUGCCCGGCUGAAGGCUGUGAAGUGCGCAACUACCGCAUUGCUGUUACUGUGUGCUCCAGCAUCUGUUCUCUUGCCUAUGGUGCCGAGGUCCUCCUCACACGGGCCAAGCCAGGCCAUGUGGUGGGCUACAUGGCCACCAUGUCAGGCCUGCUCAAGGUAGUUCAGGCCUUCAUUGCUUGUAUCAUCUUUGGUGCUCUGGCAAACGACAGUGAGUACCAUCGCCACAUUCCCACGCAGUACUGUGUAGUGGUCUACAGUCUGUGCUUUGCCAUCACAGUGGUGGUGGUGGUCCUGACUGUCUCAGGGAGGACGGUAAUUUUGAGGCUGCCCUUUGACCGCUUUGUGAUUACAUACACCUUCCUGGCAGUCCUGCUGUACAUGAGUGCUGCUGUGGUGUGGCCUGUCUUCAGUUUUGAUAAAAAGUAUGGCUCUCCUGGACGACCAGAUGAUUGUCCCCAGGGAAAAUGCCCAUGGGAUAGCAAGCUGGUGGUGGCAGUAUUCACCUUUGCCAACAUGGUGCUCUACUUCAUUGAUCUACUGUACUCUCAGAGGAUCCGAUUUGUCUCACAGUCAGCAGCCUAAAAUAGCAUCUCUGCUUCUACUUGCUAUGAAAUAAUGCAUCUAUUGGUGCUUAUACAAAUAUAGCCACUAACAGUGAGUCAUUUCAUGUCUCUGAAUUUUACACAAGAGAUUUUAUAUAUAUAUAUAAGUUUUACUACAUCCACUAUCUGCACUUAAGUGUAUCUCUAUCUAUCUAUCUAUCUAUCUAUCUAUCUAUCGAUAAUAAGCAUAUUUUAUUUGAAAUGUUUUCAUGUACAAAAUAAUGAUAAUAUUAACUCUGAUGCACCCUCUUAUGAGCGCAGUGACUGGUUAUCCUGUUUGAAUGAAGUGAACUCUAUGACUCUCCUCUGAUAGCUUCAUUUUCAUGUAUGCCUUUCAGUUUUACUUGACUGAUUUACAUGACUGAUUUAAGCCACAAUCUUGGAUUUAUAAAGCCAUGAUUUGUUUUUUUUUAAAUAAAAUUCUAUAUCAUAUCCAUUGUUGAUCUCUGAAGCAUCUGAUUUUACCCUUUUGUUUAUAAGCAAAGCAUAUUCAAGCCUGUUUUUCAAGCAUGUAACCUGGUACUGGAUGUAAGAGUUUGUUGUUGAAUUCCCAAACUCCUUCCUCUCUACCAGGGCUUCCACUUUUUAUAUCUGUUAUAACUGACUGUACAUGAAAUCUAUUAAAUGUACCUAUUGUACUGCUAGUUAACAGUGUUUAAAUGUGGAAUAAAACAAAGUGAUAUGUUACCCAUAAAGAUGGUGUAAUUUUAUUU